AUGCGCCGUAGCAGCGGCCUGGCCUGGCCAGCCCGUGGCACAUACCGCCGCUGCCAGGUGUGCCACUCUGCUGGCGGCGGCGGCGGCGGCGCUGCCGGCGGCAGCGGCGGCGGCGACGGCAGCGGCAGCGGCGGCAGCGCGGCAGAGUCCGCGGCAGCGGCGCUGGCAGUGGCGCCGGCGCUGGGAGGGAAGGAGGAUGUGAUUCUGCUGGAUGUGAUGGGCAUGCGCUGCGCCGGGUGCGUGAGCCGGGUCAAGGUUCUGCUGGAGAGGGAGCAGCCGGUGCAGGCGGCCUCGGUCAACCUGGCCACAGAGACCGCGGUGGUACGCGAUCUGGAGGCUGGGCUGUCGCCACACGAGCGCCAGCUGGCGUCCAUGGGCGCCAGCCUGGCACGCAUGCUGACAGAGGCCGGCUACGCCGCCACCAUGCGCCAGCAGGGCGGCGGCAGCAGCGCCAGCAACAAGGUGGUGGCGGCUAAGCGGGAGGAGCGGCUGCGGCGGCUCAGGGACACGACGCGCCGGCUGGGCGUGGCCUGGCUGCUGGCCUCCGCCUGCCUCCUCCACCACCUCACACACUGGCUCGGUGGCUCGGCGCCCCGCUGGCUCCACGCCCUGUCCUCCACCCCCGUGCACGCGGCGCUGGCAGCGCUGGCGCUGCUUGGCCCGGGGCGGGGAAUCAUCAGCGAGGGCUUCCGCGGCCUUGCCAAGGGCGCCCCAGACAUGAACAGCCUGGUGGGGCUGGGCGCCACCGCCUCCUUUGCCGUCUCCGCCGUGGCGGCGCUGCUGCCCAAGCUGGGCUGGCGCACUUUCUUCGAGGAGCCCGCCAUGCUGCUGGGCGUGGUGCUGGUGGGGCGCGCGCUGGAGGAGCGGGCCAAGCUGCAGGCCUCGGCCGACAUGGCGGCGCUGCAGGGCCUGCUGCCGCCCAAGGCGCGCCUGCUGCUGGGCGACGGCAGCUGGCGGGAAGUGCCCUCUGAGUCGGUGGCGGCCGGGGAUGUGCUGACGGUGCUGCCGGGAGACCGGGUGCCGGUGGAUGGGGUGGUGGUGGGCGGGCGCAGCACGGUCGACGAGUCGGCCCUGACGGGAGAGCCGCUGCCGGUGACCAAGGCGCAAGGCGACAAGGUCACGGCGGGCACCGUCAACUACGACGGCCAGAUCAGCGUCAGGGCGGUGCACAGCGGGGGCGACACGGCUGUGGCCGACAUUGUGCGGCUGGUGGAGGCUGCCCAGUCUCGCACCGCCCCCGUGCAGCGCUUUGCCGACGUGGUGGCGGGCAAGUUCACAUACGGGGUGAUGGCGGCGGCCGCCGCCACCUUCCUGUUCUGGGCCGGCAUCGGCACUCGCGUCUUCCCGCAGGCCGCCGCCACCGCGCUGCUGAGCCUGCAAAUGGCCUGCAACGUGCUGGUGGUGGCCUGCCCCUGCGCCCUGGGCCUGGCCGCGCCCACCGCCGUGCUGGUGGGCACGUCGGCGGGGGCGCGGCGCGGGCUGCUCAUCCGGGGCGGCGACAUUUUGGAGGCCGCCUCCCAUGUCGACACUGUCGUGUUUGACAAGACAGGCACCCUGACGGUGGGCAAGCCGACGGUGGUGGAGGUGCGGCCGCUGCAUGUGGCGGCAGGCAGUAAGCCCCAGGCCAAGGGGCGGCAUGGUUCCCCUCCAGCCGACGACCCUGCCUUGCUUCUGGCGCUGGCGGCGGCUGUGGAGCGCGGCAGCACACAUCCCAUCGCCAAGGCCAUUGCAAAGGCCGCCGCCCAGGCCGCCCAGGCCGGCAGCGGCAGCGGCCAUGGCAGCAACGGCAGCGGAAGCGCGCACGUCACCAGCAACGGCAGCGGCGGCGCCUACGUGGCAGAGGACGGCAGCUUUGUGCAGGAGCCGGGCAGCGGGGUGACUGCCACGGUGGCGGGGCGGCGUGUGGCGGUAGGCGCGCGUGAGUGGGCGGCGGCGGCCGAGGCGGCGGCUGCCAGCCGGCCUGGCCACAUUCUGGUGUAUGUGGGGAUCGAUGGCCGGCUGGCGGCGGCAGUGGAGAUUGCCGAUGAGCUGCGGCCCGAUGCCGCCAGCACCGUGCAGCGCCUGCAGCGCCUGGGCGUGCGUGUGGUGAUGCUGUCUGGUGACCAGCCGGCCACUGCCCACGCCAUGGCGCAGGCUGUGGGCAUCAAGCCGCAGGAUGUGUAUGCGGGCGUGAAGCCUGCGGGCAAGGCCGCGCUGGUGCAGCAGCUGCAGGGGCAGGGGCGGCGGGUGGCCAUGGUGGGGGACGGCGUGAACGAUGCGGCGGCGCUGGCGCAGGCGGAUGUGGGCAUCGCCAUGGGCGGCGGCGUGGAUGCCGCCAGCGAGGUGGCCGACGUGGUGCUGCUGGGAGACCGGGUGCCGCAGGUGCUGGAUGUGCUGGCUCUGAGCCGCGCCACGCUGCGCAAGGUGCAGCAGAACAUGUGGUGGGCCGCAGGGUACAACCUGGUGGGCAUCCCGCUGGCGGCGGGAGCCCUGCUGCCGGUCACCGGCCUGGCCCUCACCCCCAGCCUGUCGGGCGCCAUGAUGGGCAUCAGCAGCCUGGCAGUCAUGGCCAACUCGCUGCUGCUCCAGUUUGAGGGGCGGCCGCCCGCAGCCAAGCAGGCGCCGCCGGCAAAGCAGCAGAAGCAGGUGGCGGCGGCAGCAGCGGCGGUGGCUUCCUCGGCCGGUCGGCAAGCAGCCGGCGGCACGGCCACAGGUGGUGAUGGCGGGUCGGCAGGCGCGGGGCAGGUCGCUCCGGUGUGA